AUGCAACGUGCUCUGUCCUCCGCCGUGCGUUCCUCAGUGUCCCUUUCUUCCCCAUACUCCAGAUCCGCCGGCAGGAAUCUACAACAACUCCGAUUCGCCCACAAAGAACUUAGAUUUGGCGUCGAGGGCCGAGCUCAGUUGUUGAAGGGUGUUGAGACUCUCUCAAAAGCUGUUGCCACUACCCUCGGUCCGAAGGGUCGAAAUGUUCUAAUCGAAUCGAGCUAUGGUUCCCCCAAGAUUACAAAAGGCAAGUAUGGUGUUACUGUCGCCAAGGCCAUCACAUUGCAAGACAAAUUCGAGAACCUCGGUGCCCGACUGAUACAAGAUGUUGCCUCCAAAACCAAUGAGGUCGCCGGUGACGGUACGACUACUGCCACUGUUCUUGCAAGCGCCAUUUUCUCCGAAACCGUCAAGAAUGUCGCUGCCGGAUGCAAUCCUAUGGACUUGAGAAGGGGUACACAAGCAGCUGUGGACGCCGUUGUCGAUUUCCUGCAAAAGAACAAGAAGGACAUCACCACAAGUGCCGAGAUUGCCCAGGUCGCCACCAUUUCUGCCAAUGGUGACACUCACAUUGGUAACCUCAUCUCCAACGCCAUGGAAAAGGUCGGCAAGGAAGGCGUCAUCACUGUGAAGGAAGGCAAGACGAUCGAGGACGAGCUGGAGGUCACCGAGGGCAUGCGCUUCGACCGUGGCUUCACCUCCCCAUAUUUCAUCACAGACGCCAAGUCCCAGAAGAUCGAAUUCGAGAAGCCUUUGAUCCUCCUUUCUGAAAAGAAGAUUUCUGCCGUCCAAGAUAUCAUCCCAGCUCUCGAGGCAUCCACCCAGCUCCGACGACCGCUCGUCAUUAUUGCCGAGGACAUUGAUGGAGAAGCAUUGGCUGUCUGCAUCUUGAACAAACUUCGGGGUCAAUUGCAGGUUGCUGCCGUCAAGGCUCCCGGAUUCGGUGACAACCGCAAGAGCAUUCUUGGUGAUAUUGGUAUCCUGACCAACGCCACGGUCUUUACAGAUGAGCUGGACAUUAAAUUGGAAAAGGCCACACCUGAUAUGCUCGGCUCCACCGGCAGCAUUACCAUCACCAAGGAAGAUACCAUCAUCCUCAACGGUGAAGGAAGCAAAGAUGCUAUCGCUCAACGGUGCGAACAGAUCCGAGGUGUCAUGGCAGAUCCCACCACGUCAGAGUACGAGAAGGAGAAAUUGCAGGAACGUCUCGCCAAAUUGUCUGGUGGCGUGGCCGUCAUCAAAGUCGGUGGCGCCUCCGAAGUGGAGGUCGGAGAGAAGAAGGAUCGUGUCGUGGAUGCCCUGAAUGCCACUCGUGCUGCCGUUGAAGAGGGCAUCCUCCCUGGUGGUGGUACUGCUCUGAUCAAGGCUGCUGCCAACUCGCUCAGUGAUGUCAACCCCACCAACUUCGAUCAACAGCUUGGUGUCAGUAUCAUUAAGAAUGCCAUCACCAGACCAGCGCGAAGAAUCGUUGAGAAUGCUGGUUUGGAGGGUAGUGUCGUGGUUGGCAAGCUCAUGGACGAAUUUGGCUCCGAUUUCAACAAAGGUUUCGACUCGGCCUCGGGCCAGUACGUCGACAUGCUGAGCAAGGGUAUUGUGGAUCCUUUGAAGGUGGUUCGCACCGCUCUAGUUGACGCUUCUGGGGUUGCGUCGCUUCUGGGUACCACUGAAGUUGCCGUCGUCGAGGCACCGGAGGAGAAGCCUGCAGCGCCACCAAUGGGAGGUAUGGGCGGUAUGGGCGGAAUGGGCGGUUUCUAA